UGCGAAUUCAGUACUCGAUCGUCCGUCCAUCGAUUCGCGCACAUUAUACGUGGUGAAAUUUAAAGUAGUCGUUCAAAUAAACCAUAGAAAGGAGAUUGAGUGAACGAAACAGCGUGCCGUUAUGGAUAAACUAUUAUUAUUCGUAUUUUUUACAUUAAUCUGCACAGCAUCGACUAUAUUCUUAGGAGAUGAAGGUAGUUUGAUAAAGGCAGCCACAUUGAUAAAGAGUUUGAAUCCUGCGUUGCCCAUUUCGCGAUUGCCACCAACUGAACCGUUUCCUGGUUCGAUACUAGGACCGAUUGUGAAAGGCGGUUGCCCUUUGUGCGAUCAAAGUGUGUACAGUUACUGCUCAUAUAAGGUGAUCCACGAUGCAUGCUGCUGCAAUGCCGGUAAUUUUGAAAUGUACCAUUCCAUUGUCCAUCAUCCGAUUGUUCCUAUUUGAAUGCAAAUUCUUGCGCGGAACAUAAUAUCAUCUAUACAUGCUGUUGUAAUAAUCCGUAUCAUUAACGUCGUUUCCGUUAUUGCCAAUUGCUGAGAUUAUAUUUUUAAUUUAUUUCAUUCAUUUAGAAUAAAGCUAUUCGCGCGCCGCGACAGCUCGGCGAUUUUGAAGACAAUUUUUUUUAUAACAAUAAUUGAGUGAAUAAAAUUAUUGGCGACAUUCUUUUCAAGU